AUGGAUUCCUGCUCCUGGACGUUGAUCGGCACUUCUCCAAGCUCAAACUGGCCUCCAAUGGUGUUGAAGAUCAAUCUAGGGCACUUGGAGACUCUUGUUCAUCGCUUUCUCUCUCUAGGAAUCGCUCUAUCUCUCUCAAAACUCGAAUCCCCUUCUCUUUGGCUGAAAAUCUGCUUAAAAGGGCAUCAGUGGCCAAAGCACGGUCGAGGGCACGGCCGUGUAAUGCCUCAGCCCGCCCGUGCUUUGGCUAGGGUUAAUUACACGGCCAGUGCAUUGGGGGAAACACGGGCGUGUUUGAUGAUGGACACGGCCGUGCUUUGGUGGCCACGGCCGUGCUUUGUCUAA